GCUUUAAUUCGCCGUUGAAAUAACAUAGAGGAAGAACAAAAUGGCGAAUGCCGUAGCGCUUGGAGGAAGCGCAAUGCUGAAACGUGAACAACGCGGUCAAAAGCAACGGCGUGCCGCCUUCAAGAAAGAAAGAAGGAAACGAAAACGUCAAGCCCUCGCAAAACUCAGAGACUCAGAAGUACAAGAGGAUGAGUCAAGAGAGGUAUCAGAUAAUGAUGCUGAUGAUGAUGAAGAUGAGGAGAGGAAGGCUGAAGAAGAAAGACAAAGACUUCACCAGCAGUGGCUGCGGAGGGAGGAGGUCGCUCAGGAGGAAUUCAGGCUGAAAACGGAGAGAGAGGAGGCAGCCAGGAAGAAACGGGAGGAGGAGGAGAAGAGAAUAAAGGAGGAAUGGGAGGAACAGCAGCAAAAAGAGAAGGAAGAGAGGGAACGGAAGCAGCAGGAGAAGAUGGACAGAGAGGAGGCAGUACAGAAAAUGUUGGACCAAGCUGAAAGCCAGCUUGAGAGUACAGGUCCGUGGAAAAACCCCGAGGCCCCAGUGGAUUAUGGGACAGAGAAGGACAGGGCCAACUGCCCUUUCUUCCUCAAAACUGGAGCCUGCAGGUUUGGAGACAGGUGUUCCCGCGUUCACGUGCGCCCCGCCUCCAGCACCACGCUGAUGGUCAAGGGCAUGUUCGUGACCUUCAGCAUGGAGCAGAGCCAGCGGGACGACUACGACACCGACGCCAGCCUGGAGUACAGCGAGGACGACGUGCACCAGCACUUCCUGGAGUUCUACCAGGACGUGCUUCCCGAAUUCAGGAACGUCGGGAAGGUGGUGCAGUUCAAGGUGAGCUGCAACUUCGAGCCUCACCUGAGGGGAAACGUGUACGUCCAGUAUGAAACGGAGGAGCAGUGCAGGGAAGCCUUCAUCGCGUUUAACGGACGAUGGUACGCAGGAAGACAGCUGCAGUGCGAGUUCUCGCCCGUCACAAGAUGGAAGACCGCUAUAUGUGGGCUGUUUGACAGGAACAAGUGUCCUAAAGGGAAGCACUGUAAUUUCCUACAUGUGUACAGGAACCCCACCCGGGAAUUCUGGGAGGCAGACAGGGAUCUGAACUCAUCUCCUAACGGUGCAAUCACUGGGUCGUAUUCCGAGCGCUUCUCAGAACGGAGAGAUUGGUCUAGCAGGCACCAUAACUACAGUCCCGAGAGGAAUGGGGGUAGGAGGUGGAGGGGCAGUUUCCGAGGGAGGCGGAGUCGCAGCAGGGAGAGGAGGCGGAGUCAAAGCUGGGAGGGGAGGAGUCGCAGGGAGGAGAGGCGGAGUCGAAGUAGGGACAGGAGAAGUCGAAGCAGGGAGGGGAGGAGUCGCAGGGAGGAGAGGCGGAGUCAAAGCAGGGAGGGUAGGAGUCAGAGGGAGGAGAGGAGGAGUCGAAGCAGGGAGGGGAGGAGUCGCAGAGAGGGGAGGCGGAGUCGAAGUAGGGACAGGCGGAGUCAAAGCAGGGAGGGUAGGAGUCGGAGGGAGGAGAGGAGGAGUCGAAGCAGGGAGGGGCGGAGCCACAGCAGAGACAGAGAGUCCCGGGGGCCGCAGCAGUCGGGGAGAAGCGGUGCCCGAGGGAAGAGGUCAGGGCGUGAGCAUCGGUCCCCGUCCCGGAGUAAGGACAGAGACGGGACGGACAGAUCACCCAGCCGGCAGAGUCCUGAAGGAGAAAAGAGACAGAGGAGUCGAACCGGCAGCCCCAAGGCCGCGGACGGAGAGGACAAAAAGCCCUCGGAGGGCAGUCCCGCUCCGCGCCGCCACAAACGCCCCAAAAAGAGCAGCAAAAAGAAGAAGAGCAAGAAGAAGAAGAGGGGAAAGAACAGGAGCGUCUCGCCCAGCGGCGGCUCGAGCAGGGGCUCUGAGGGAGAGGGAGCAGUGAGCCGGCCCCUCUCUCCUCCCGGCGAGGAGAACACCGAGGCGCCCCAGGCCAGCGCCAGUCCAGCGGAGACGGACCUCCUCCAGCAAGGAGGUGAGGGAGCUGAGCUGCAGGAGGCGGAAACGGACGCUGAGCAGAACGCCGAGCGGAACACCAGUCCGUCUCCGCCAGCCUCGCUACUUGACGCAGUCUUGAGUUAAAACUGGAUGACUUGAGUUCUUAGAUCAAUAGCAUGUGUAAAUAAACCUUAUUUUAAUAAUA